AUGGGUAAAGUCGUGGCCGCGGUUGGAUUGUCCCACGCCCCCGGAGCGCUUGCCUUCCCAGAGACUGCCGACCCUGAGGUCCGCCAACGUACUGAAGACGCAACACGAUCGCUCGGCAUCUCCCUCGAGUCGUCACGACCUGAUGUGAUCGUGGCUUUCCUCGAUGACCACUUUGAGAAUUUCUAUCGCAAUCUUUGUCCAUCCGUGGUCAUGGGCAUUGCGGACGAACACGUUGGUCCUGCAGAUCAGUGGAUGGAAACACUCCGAAUCGACAAGAAGACCGUCUUUCCCGGAGCACCAGAGCUGGCUGAGAAACUUCUCGGCAGUCUCGUGGAGCAAGGCUUCGACGUAGCUCGCGCGGGACCCUGCGAGUACGGAAACAACCUGCUCAUGCCCUGGAAGCUGAUGGGGGUCGAACAAUCGCUGGCGGGCGUGCCACUUAUCCCUAUCUUCAUCAAUGUAUUCACGCCACCUCUCAUUCCGUAUAAGCGAGCCUAUACACUCGGCGAGGCUGUGCGUCAAGGUGUUGAGACUGCAUUCCCUGCAGAUACGAAGGUUGCCUUCAUGUGCACAGGUGGUCUGUCACAUUGGCCGCCAUACUGGAGUCCCGCACAAGCAGGAGACCCACCUGCCGACCCGUUUCUGCAACGUAUCAAGCGGUUCCAGACGGAAGGCAAGGCAUACUUGAAGGAAGAUCCGAAGCUUUUCGUAGACUUCGACGACUACGAGGUCGAGAUGGCGAAGAAGAACGAAUAUCCCCUCAACUCAAAGCAUCCCCUGGUCAAUUGGGACUGGGAUCGUAUGUUCAUGGACCGUUACUCUGCUGGAGAUGCGGAGUGGAUGAAAAAGCUCACGUACGAGGAAGUGGAGGAAGAGGCCGGUCACGGCGGUCACGAGUGUCUCAAUUGGGUGGCCAUGCUGGGAGCUAUGAAGGGUGCGCAAAGCAAAAUGCUGCUCUACGAACCGGUCGUGGAAUGGAUCUGUGGUAUGGUGUAUCAAGACUUCUGUGUCACGCAGAGCUUGAAUUAG